AUGGAAGAGAUAUACUUUUGCAGUAGUUCACAUAUAACCGUGGAGAAUGCAACAAAUGUUCAACCAUUCCAUCCUGAAGGCCGUAUUGUUGGUGGAGCCGUAGCCCGAGAUGGCCAAUUUCCCUAUCAGGUUUCCGUAAGAUGGGGUGGUGCCCAUGUUUGUGGUGGCAGCAUAAUAUCGGAGACUUUUGUGGUGACAGCGGCUCAUUGUCUGACCAUGGGAACACCAGAACAAAAUGUUCGUGCCGGUAGCCGUUUCAUAUUUUAUGGUGGCCAAGUGAGACAAGCCGCCGAAACCUAUGUCCAUGCGGAUUAUAAAGAUUUUGAUAAUGAUAUAGGAUUGAUACAGCUCUCCGAACCUUUGUUGUUUAAUACGAGAGUAAAUGCCGUACCCUUGGCUACACAUGAACCACCCAGCGGAGUACCAGUUGUUACUUCCGGAUGGGGUCGUACCAGCAGUAAUGGAACUGUGGUCAAUGCCUUACGUUAUAAUACCCUCAUGGCCUUGACUAGUUUGGAUUGUAGUCGCCGUUUACCAGCCAUUCCAGAAUCGGUUAUUUGUCUGGCUCAUAGCCAGGGGAAUGGUGUAUGUGAUGGUGAUUCUGGCGGCCCUGCGGUAUAUAAUGGGGAAUUGGUAGGGGUUACAAAUUAUAUGGUACGAAGUUGUGGUACCACAAAUCCGGAUGCCUAUGCCAGUGUGGCGUUCUUUCGCAAUUGGUUGCAGGAGAGAAUAAGGGGUGGAAACUUAGUGAAGACCAUCUCAGAUCUAUAUAACAAAAUGGCGGAGUUUUGA